GAUGACCCCGCCCCGCUCUCUGUCACUCUCCGGGAGGAAUGCUCGCAGCGCCGGUGGAAUCCUCAGAACCUCCGAGGAGUGUUGACCGGGACUGAGGACAGAGAGGAAUGCUGCCACAGGCUGGAGAAUUUUAUUUUUUGUGGGAGAUUUGUUCAGGUGGAGUUGAAGAAGGAAAUACAGUGAGAACAUUUGGCAGGUUAACUACUUAUGAUGCUAGGAUCUCAGAGGCAAUUCUGUCUGUACAUCGCAACUCGAUCGAUUAUCAGCUUCAGGUCCGUACUUCACUGGUGGAACCAUUUGAAGCUCGCAUUGGGUCUGAGUAUAUGGUACUUGGAGAAAUUGAAACUGCAGCAGGCAACAUUCCUGUGAUCCAAGCUCGGCUACUAAUGGAUGCAGAUGGAGUGAACUUGCCAUUACUGGAGCGUGCCGUACAAGAGCAGAGAAAGUACUUCCAGCAAAGAGUUGCAAGAGAUGCCCUUGAAACUGAGGUUCUAUGGAGGAGAAGACCAAUUCUGAACUAAAUUAAGUUACUCUUUCUUGGAGCAACAAUAAUAAAUUUACACUGCACUCUC